AUGAAGACACUGGAAUCAGAAAUAAAAAGUAUAUUCUCACAUGAAAAACUGACAUUGUUUAAUAAACUGUAUUAUAAGCAGAGAGCUGAUGUUGAGAAUUUCCUACCGAAUGAGGAUCAAUCAUUGUAUAUUAUCUGGGCUAAGACUAAGAAUUUAUUGGGAGGCAAUGAACAACAAAACAUACUUGAACCAAACACACAAACACAAGCCACUCAAGAUCAGACAACACAGGGACAGACCAGGCUAGAACAGUACAUGCAAAGAGAGAAUACACAAGUACCGACCAUACAAAGACUGAGCACACAAGGACAGAUGACGCCAGAACAGAAUACACAUGAACUGAAUGCACAAAGAGAGCAUAAAGAGGAACAGAGUGUGGAAGUACAGGUCACAACAGAACAGAAUAUACAAGGACUAAAUGAAAUUGGACAGAAUAUAAAAGUGAACACAGAAACACAGAAUGCAAGAGAACAGAUCAUGCCAGACCAAAAUACACAAGCACCAAAUUUUAAUGUACAAGGAAAGAACAUAGAAGAACAGAAUGUGCAAGAACAGAUCACAAUAGAACAGAAUACGCGAACACAGAAUGGACAAGGACAGAAAAAAGAAAUAAUCGAUCAAGGACAAGGAAACAAUGAGCAAUCUUUUUCAACGGUAUAUGCUACACCACAUAAAUCUGUUAUAACGUUUUCGCCAGUGUCAUAUCCUUCAACCUCUGCAACAUUUCCAAAAGACGUGGUAAUCCCGUCACCUUUUAAACGUGUCUUAUUUUGGCCUGAACCUGAAACUAAGAAGCGACGUACCAAGGAACGUGUACCGUCAGCUAUAACUAACAAUGGUGAUAUGGAAGUUAAAUAUGCUGCAAGCAGUGACUCCGAGUCCGAGUAUGCUGAAAGUGGGAAAUCAGACUCUGAAAAUGAACCUUUAAGUAAAAUAGUUUCUAACAAGAAAACUUUGUGUACGAAGAAAAUUAAAGAUGUUACCAAUGGCUCCUACGUCAUUGUAAAAUAUGAGGGAGAAUAUUUUCCGGGUAGUAUAGAAAAAACAGAAGGAGAUUUAUACGAAAUAAGUACAAUGUGGCAGCAACCAGAGGAAAAUAUGGGGUAUAUGGAUAUGAUAUGCACCUCUUGCAUCUCUCGGUUACGCGAUGCACAUGCCUUCAAAAGAGAAGUUUUAGUGAGUGAAGAGGUGCUGCGUGAAAAACAAGAUGAAUUAUUUCUUAAUACUACAGUGAACGCGGAGAAAUAUUUAGAAGAGGAAGAAGAAGAAACCGAGUUUAAAGAAGUAGAAUACUUAGAUAUCACAGACAGUUUAAAGAAAGAUGAAUUGUAUGAAGAAUCUUUAUCAAAUGAACAAUUGCUGAGUUCAGAUACUUCCCUGCUAGUAGAACAUAAAAGAAAGUUGUCAAAAAAGCUCCCAAAGAAAGAGAGAAACAAAACAUACAAGCAGUAUAUUGACAAGGAAUUACAAAUGGAUGUCGAUGCAGUCCAGAACAAUGAAAUGUCACAUACAGAAGAGACUGAGUUGUUUAAUGUGCCCACGAAAACUAUCUCUGCUAAGAUCCACAAUCUUAUAGACAAAGAAGAGGAACAAUCGCAGAGUGCAGAAGAAAAUCGUAAAAGAAAAUGGCCGAAGAAACUACCAAGGAAAGACAGAAACAAAACAUACAAGCAGUAUACUGAAAAGGCAAUGAGAAUGGCCAUUGAUGCUGUCCAGAAUAAAGGGUUGUCAUGUCAUGAAGCGUCAGAGAUGUUUAAGGUGCCAAGGAACACUCUUGCAUUAAGAGUUCAGAAUACUAUUGCCAAAAAAGAGGAACCAGAUGAUGAUGACGCCUCAAAAGUAACAGACCAAGAAAAACACUACAAACUCGUGGAGGAAAUUAAAUCUAUACUCACCUACACAAAUGCUAUACCAUACAAAACGAAAUUGUCAAAGUACUACUGUGCAUACUGCUCUACCGAUGGACCUGUUUUUGAUGAUCCCGAUGAUUUGAGGACUCACACUAAAACGAAGCAUAUAGAUGAUCGGACCAAAGGCAUAGAUCUGCUAAUGAGACCACACUGUCAAAAUGAAGUGUUAAAAGUUGAUAUACAUAGUCUCCAUUGUACAGUUUGCUGUACAAUCCUGCCAACUUGGAACGACAUGUUUCGACACCUUGAAGACGUGCAUGAGGUUGUUCUAGACGAGGCCUAUAGCAGAGUAAUACCUUAUAUCCUAGCAAGGGAGUUGAAAUGUGCUUUAUGUGAAGAUGCCUUUCCGAAUUACCAAACGCUGGACGGACAUAUGAACGCCCAUUACAGCAGUUACAUUUGCUCCGAAUGCGGCGAUACUUUCUUAUCAGCGAGCCGAUUUAAUAAACAUUUGGAAGUGCACAAUACUGGGACAUUCACUUGCGAGGUUUGCGGUAAAGUGUACAAUUUGAAGAAGUACUUGAGGAAGCACUUUGACUUGGUACAUGGUCAGAAGAACCAAUACAAAUGCUCAUACUGUCCGGAAAGAUUCUUCAAACCAUUCCAGAGACAUCAGCAUGUACUUGACAAGCACAAAGAGACGGUCAAGAUAAAGACUUGUGAGAUCUGCGGAAAGUCUUUCGACUUUAUGCCCUACUACGGGGCUCACAUGAGACGAAGGCAUGGGCAAAAGAAUAAAUACAAAUAA